AAACCAUCCCAGCCGCUUUGGGACCGGUCAGACACUCGUAGCUGCUCGUCAUUUGCACGGAGCUUCGUAGUUUCUUCGACAGCAUCCACAGCCGUAGCACUGCUCGCAUUUUCCAAUAAUCGCGCCUUCCCGUACUUCGACGCUUCCGUUCUUUUUCAGACUUGCUAGUACUGCUUUCGGAGGUCCGAGUCUGCCCAACCAACCGACGAGGCGCCAUGCCGAGCCUGAUCAGCAUCCUCUCGUCGCAGAGCUCCUCCCGCUUCGCGCACGCCUUCAGCAAGGAGACCCGCGUGUCGGCUGGCGCCGAGAACGCCUCCGUCAAGGUCCCUGGGAAUCUCGCCCUGUUGUUUGGCCCCGCGGCCUCUCCGUUCCAGCAGCAGCAGUACUUCUUCCCGCCGCAAAUGACGGUCGUGCAACACCCGCCAAUUCCGCGUGGGAUCGACUCUCAGUGCAGCUCCGCAAAGCCCGCCGACCGUUGCGGGCUGCACCUGAUUCGCGGCGACGGGUUCGACCUCCGGCUGCAAAGGCCGUCGACCGCGGCCGUGUCAUCCGCUCUGGCCGCUGACGUGGUCGCUGACGUGUCAGAUCCAUCCUCGCUUCGCCUCGCUGAUCUGAUCUCCGAGUAUUUCGAAGAUGGCGAUGAUGAUAGCGAUGCGCCCGACGGCUUGAAGCCACAUCGGUUCAGAACAGACGGAAUGUGGUCGGGGCACGACGGCACACACGCUCAGCAGAGCAUGCGGGUUCAGUACCCGCAGGAUCAGUUUCACGGAGCAGCAUCGGCCCUGUUCCCAGCGCAACCCGCGCGGUCAAACCUGGGAUCGCAUGGCGAGGAUGUGAAUCAACGGCUGUCAGGGGAUUACCUGGACAGGCAGAUGCAAUCGACGGAGCACGAUCAGCUUCACAUGGUUCAGUCGCUUGCAGCCGUGGACGGCCCCGCCGAAAGUGCUCUCUUCGCUGACGUCAUCGCCGCGAUGACCGACGCGCGCGUGAGCCACGUGGACGCCUCGAGGUCGUCGAAAUCGUCGUGCGACGACGUGGAAUCGGCGUCGCAGAGCCUGAGCGGGAGCCGCCUGAACGCGGCUGUCGCAGGGCGACUGCGUGCGAUGGGGUACGACGCGGCCGUGUGCACGACGCAGUGGGAGAGCUCACCCGCCGUGCCGGAAGGGUCAUAUGAGUACAUCGACGUCUUUGCCACCUCUGGCCCUCUCUUUACCUCGCGCGCAUUAUCUCCCGCCUUCACCAGAACCGCCUCCCCCACCACUACCAUCACCUCCGCCACCCAAGCUUCCCUCCCCACUUGCACCCCCUCCGCUUCCGCAGAGGGCGCUUCCCCCUCCCCCGCUUCCGCCAUCCGUCAGCGCUUUAUCAUAGACCUAGAUUUCCGCGCGCAAUUCCAGAUCGCACGGCCCACGCGCGAGUACGCGUCCGCGCUCGAAUCCACGCCAUUGAUCUUCGUGGGGCGGGAGGAGCGGCUGGCGCACCUGGUGGAGGUGGUAUCUGGCGCGAUGCACGGGGCUUUAAGGGCGCAGGGCAUGCACAUUCCGCCGUGGCGCAAGUGGGAGUACUUAAACGCCAAGUGGAUGGCGGGGAAUAGGAGGAGGGUUCUGUGUGAGGUGAAGGGAGAUGAGGGGAAGGGGGUGGGCGGGAAGGGUAUGGGCAGGAGAGAAGUGGUGGGGGCUAGGGAUAAGACGGCUGUGGCUGAUGGCUGCAAUGGUGGCAACGAUUUUCAGGCAGGAAUAUUCCCUAUGAUCAUCUCUGCCACAGUCACUGCUGCUCCUGCUGACUUGGCUGUUCCUGCACCUACUGCAGCUGCGGCUGCUGCUUCCCCACUUGCUGUGGUUGCUGCCCCACCGGCUGCUGCUCCUGCUGCUUCUUCACCUGGAACCGUCCACCCAUCUGCUGCUCUUGACUUCCCAGCUGCUGACAUGGCGUCACAGGUGUCUCGCCAGCAGCAUCACCCUUUCCCGAAUGGUGUGGACGCUCUUGCUCUUGUCUUCCAAGGCCGGCCCAUUCCUGCCAGAAGCUUUGCCUCCCUGCAGCAGUGAGCAGUUCAGAAAUUGGCAGCAGUUUUGGUAUUUCCAGAGCAAAGGUGUUGCCGCCAUUUCCCCCACCAGCAGAGGGUGGGACGCUUGACCCUAUCAGGGGGCCAGGCUGCACUUCUGCAAUGGGCUGGGACACUCGCCCAUAGCCACGAUUCAUUGGUGUGGACGCCAUUCUUUCUCCAAGUCCGACUCAUUUUUGGAGGUCUGCUGCUCUUCGGCAGGAGCCUGAGCAGCGAGACAGUAACAUUGCCGCCGGAGGCUUUGCUCAUGUCCAGCGCACUCCUGCUAGACUAAAGGCUUUGCUGCCAGAGCAAUGUUUCCAGCAAUAAGCCAGUUGAGAUGCACGCAAGUUCUUCCACCAACCAGCGAUGAUAGGGGAGGGGAGGCAGCAGGUUUUUGGAAGAAAAGGUAGCCUGGUGUUUCCCCUGCCGUCGCAAUUCUGCAUCCAGUUUCUGGUCUGUCCAGCCAGAACUGCCAAUUUUGACUAAUUUAGAAAGGCCUGUGAAUGUCUUAUUUAGUGUACACUAUUGAUGUGUACAUCAUACUGGUACAUAUAGUCUUGGAAUGGAAUACCGUAAUCCCCCGUAUUUAAGACCCGCCGAAAUAGUCAGCCCAUUGGGUGGCAUAUGCGGGGCAUAGCUUAUGAUAUGGCACA